AUGCGCAGAUUCCCCCUUGCUGGUCCCUUUUUCCGCCAUUUUGCCCUCCUGAGCGCGCGGCGGGAGACACAUGGUGGGCGUGGCCUCCUUCGUCCCGACGUUCUAAGUCUUCGUCUCUUCUGGGCUGGCUGCUGUUUGACUUCAUUCGAGGCCUGUGCCCACUCCUGGGAUGUGGGUUUGAGCAGCAGCAGAAGAGGAGGAGGAGCCCCUGGGAGAUAUACAGAGGAACCUUGCCAGACUAAUAUUAAUAUACAGAAUGAAAUGGUGAAGAUCAGCUAUGACCUAGCCACCAUCUGUCCUCAAGCCAGCCCAGUUUUUGGCAGCCCUGAUCUUGCGAAGAUCUAUGGAGGAUGCUUUUCCGAAGAUAAGUGCUGGUACAGAUGUAAAAUACUGCAGGUUGUCAAUGAUGAAAAGUGCCAGGUAUUAUAUAUUGACUAUGGGAACUCUGAAAUUCUCGUUCGAUCAGAAAUAGUAGAACUUCCAGAAAACUUGCAGUUUCCUAGUGUGGCAAAGAAAUAUAGAUUGUGGGGAUUACAGAUGCUUGUUAAUCACGAUGUAAAUCAGUUUGACCAGGGCCGGAAGUUUUUGAAUAGCUUGAUUACAUCCAAAGAGAUGAUGACAAGAUACAAAGCCACUGCUCAAGAUGGUGCCAUUUUGGUCCAUGCAGAGUGUGGCCUAUUGGAUGUGGGGGAGGAAAUAGCCAAGAAAGGAUUUGCCAAAAGAUGCACAUCUCCCACAAACAUGGAUGUGGAAAAGGAUUUUUCUUCAUAUAAGCUCAGGAUGAAUGCCAACUCUCCAGCUUUAAACCCUCCUGUGAAAGGCAACAGCCCGAUAAAAGGAGGCUUUGGAGACUACGCUGUAUCUCAGAAUAGUAGCAAUGAGAACGGUAAUAGAAACCGUGUGCCGUUAACAAAUUGGGAGAAAACGACGCCUCCUGGCUUUAGAAGAUUGUCAAACACUAGCCUAGACAAAAUGAAACAAAAUCAGAAACUAAUGGAGGAGAUUGAAAAGCUAAAUGAGGAGAAACAGGCUAUCAGAGAGGAAAACAAGAAGCUGGAAUCAAAAAUUCAGAAGCUUUCUAAUGAUUUAGAGGAAGAGAAGAAAGCUUUCAAAGAUUAUGUAGAGGAAGUUCUGCCUACAUAUGUAGGAACUACAGUGAGAAAUCUGGCUGGCAAAUUUGAAAAAUUGAAAGAAGCAAGGCAAGGAAAUGUGGGUACUCGUUUUGGAGAAAAUCUUUCAGAAGCGGUAAAGGUGGUGAGAGAAGGAUGUCUUCUGGCUCCCCUGUCUUUGGAAAAACUGGAGAAGAUUUGGAAAGACUAUAACUUUGCCCAGACGGAAAUUCGUCUUUGCAAAGAUGUGGACAAUAUUCAGUGCUUAAUUCUUCACAGAAAGGAAAUGCAAGAGAAGUUGUACUCUGCCGUAGAAGAAUUCAUCAUUGAAGUGAAUGACUUGCCCCUUUUGGAACGCUUAGAAGAACUGAAGACAUUGCAGGAGUCUUUGAAGUCUGCAUAUGGUUAUGCUCAUCAUGAAGUAGAAAGUUCUGUGGAUGCAUUUGAGAAGUUCUUUGAGUGGAAGAAUGGAAAGCUGGAGGAAUUCAACCGGGUCAGGAAUUCCACAGAUGGUUCCUUGCUAAAUCUUGUGAUGGGUUUCAAGAAAAUAUUUCAGUUCUUUGAUAUGAAAGGGGAAACCCUUUUGAAAUAUGAGGAGGUUGGUAUGGAUGUGGAUGAAGUUCUCAAGAAGACUGAGAUGGAUAUUUCUCAGGAGCUGGACCUUUUCCUCAUUGAACCAGAUGAAACGGAUAAAAAAAUAAUCCAAAAUGUUUAUGUAGAGGUUAUACGUAUGGCCCACCAAGAGCAGCAGCUGUUAGAUACUGUCUAUCACAAGCAUCUCGAAAGUAUUGAGUUCAGAAAACAGCUUGCGGAAUGGCUGGAUACAAGUCCUAAUAUUGACAAUUUGUUACUGAUUAAGAAGAGAAUUAAAAGCCUAAAGAGUCAGCUGAGAUGGAAGAUGGCAGAAAAAGUCUACUUGGAAGAAUCUGAUGAUUACAGUGAGUCCACAGUGAGAAAGAUAAAAGAAGAAAUCAUUGCACUGCGAAACAAUAUCUUUCAGGAAAUAUCCAAGGAACAAGAAGAAUAUGAGACACUGACUCAUCUGGUGCAGACAUGCUUCCCUGAGCUGCCACUCCUUCAUCCCGAAGCUGAAAUUCCAAAAUAUAUGAAUUCAGGAGGGCUUCUUACAUUUAGUUUGGAACGUGAUCUUUUAGAUGCUGAACCAAUGAAGGAACUGAGCACAAAGCGCCCUCUGGUUUGCUCAGAAGUUCAAGGGCAAAAGGUUAUCCUAAAGGGUUACGCUGUGGAUAUAAGUACUGAAACAGAAGUAAUAGAAACAGCAGCAAAGUAUCACAAAGUCUGGAGAGAAAUGAAAGAGGAAUCUGGUCUAAUGCAGCUGAUGUUCUUGUUUCUAUGCAAGUCUGAUCCUGUUGCAUAUCUGAUGGUCCCUUAUUAUGGUGGAGCAAGCCUGGGCAUAGUACAGAGUACUGCUCCUUUAACUCCAGAUGAGAGCUUGAAAGUAAUGAAAGGAGUAGCCCGUGGUCUGCAUGCACUACACAGCGCUAAUAUAGUUCAUGGGUCACUGCAUAAAAACAAUGUAUUUGCUGUAAAUCGAAAACAAGGAAUUGUUGGAGAUUUUGACUUUUCUAAAUCAGAGAAUCAGCGUGCUGCGAUGAAUUAUGUGGCACUGAAUGGUUUCAACUUAAUUUCCCCUGAAGUAAAAAAUGGACAGCCACCAUCUCCAGCUUCAGAUAUGUUUGCUUUUGGUUGCCUCCUUUGCUGGCUAUUUAUUGGAAACCAAGAGUUUAAAAUAAACAGGGAUGGGAUUCCUGAAGUGGAUGGCCUUAUAAUGGAUGAUAAAGUUAAAUCUCUGCUCACAAACCUCCUCUGUUCUAAUAAUCGAAUGACUGCGGAGCAGGUGCUGAAUGAUGACUGUUUCCUGUUGCCUGAGAUGAUCUCACUCCCGCAGGAACAUGGACAAGCUGAAUGUGGAAAUGAAAAUGCAAGAACAGAAGAUACAGAAAUUGCAAUUCCUUUGGGACAUGAACAAGCUGAAUGUGAAAAUGAAGGUGCAAUAACAGAAGAUACUGCAAUUGUGUCCGAGGACAAGCAGGAUAGAGAAAUUGUAGCUUCAGAGACUAUAGAACUCAAGAUGGUAAAUUCAGACUAAACACAAUUUAAUUUUGUGAGCAUAAUUUCAGAACCCCAAAGGCAACUUUUCUAAACUUCUAACUUUAUCUAGAAAGUUUAUAUGUACUUGUUUCAUGCUUUGGUUUUGCAUAUUUUUUUAGUGAACUGAGAUGCAUCUUGGACAGUUGAUUUUCACAUUGGAGUUGUGAAUUCAGUUUCAUUAAUGUUUAAUUCUUCUGCAGUUCUUUUCACUUGCGUUUCAAAAAUGGCAGUCUUCCUUUUCCUAGUUAGUGAAUUUACCAGUUUGCCUUAAGAUAUGGUUUCUUUUUGGGUCCAAUUAGGUAUCAUUUGAAAGACAAAUUUAGUAGUUGUUCCUCUCCCAUCUUUCCUUUAGGGUUGAACUUGGCAACUUCUGACUUUCAGAAGAUACUGGAGUACAACUCCUAUCAUCCCUCACUAUUUGCUAUGCUUACUAGGGCCAACAAUAACUUAGUAGGUGGAGGCUCAUAAGAUUUCUGUCAACCG